CGCACGGCUCGGCUCCCCGCGCGCCUCCCGUGCCCGCGCCCCGGCAGGGAAGCGCCGCCGCGCCCGCGGGAUGCGGCCGCCCGCCCGCUGCGGCCGCCGCCUGGCGCUCCCGGCACUGCUCGCGCUGCUCGCCGGCUCGCUGGCAUUUGCUUCGCUUUCUGAAGAUACAAAGAAAGAGGCCAAGCAGUCUCAGAACUUCGAGAGAAAUGGUAGACCAACAAAAAAUGACCUAGAUUUAAAGGAAAUUGUAUUUGUUAUCCAGAGUCAAAGUAAUCCUUUUCAUGCAAAGAGAGCCGACCAGUUGAAAAAAAACAUCUUGAAGCAGGCUGUGGAUCAUACACAGGAACGCCCCAGUGUCCUCCUCCUUCAUCAGCUGGCCAAGCAGGAAGGUGCAUGGACGAUACUUCCGUUGUUACCACAUUUUUCUGCGACAUACAGUAGAAAUUCAUCUUGGAUUUUCUUCUGUGAAGAAGAGACAAGAAUAAAAAUUCCAGAACUUUUAGAAACACUCAGAAGAUAUGAUCCUUCCAAGGAAUGGUUCUUGGGGAAAGCGUUACAUGAUGAAGAAUCGACAAUCAUUCACCAUUAUGCCUUUUCUGAAAGUCCUACAAUUUUUAAAUAUCCAGACUUCGCUGCUGGCUGGGCCCUCAGUAUUCCACUAGUAAACAAGCUUACCAAGAGGUUAAAGAGUGAAUCCUUGAAAUCCGACUUUACAAUAGAUUUAAAACAUGAGAUUGCCCUCUACAUCUGGGACAAGGGUGAUGGGCAGCCCCUGACGCCAGUGCCUGAAUUUUGUACAGAUGCUGUGGACACUCUCUGUGCUACCACUUUUCAGUCUUUUCUACCGCGUUGUGGAACUCCAGUGAAGAAGGAGGAUAUUUUUGUUGCCGUUAAAACGUGCAAGAAAUUUCAUGCUGAUCGAAUCCCCAUCGUGAAGCAGACUUGGGAACAUCAGGCUAGACUCAUUGAGUACUAUAGUGAUUACGCAGAAAGUUCCAUUCCGACGGUAGACUUGGGAGUUCCUAACACAGAGAGAGGUCAUUGUGGAAAGACAUUUGCCAUUUUGGAAAGGUUUUUGAAUUAUAGCCAUGACAAAAUUCCAUGGUUAGUCAUUGUGGAUGAUGACACGUUAAUAAGCAUCUCCAGGCUCCAACACUUGCUCAGCUGUUACGAUGCCAGUGAGCCACUGUUUCUGGGAGAGCGCUACGGCUAUGGCCUGGGCACCGGCGGGUACAGCUACGUCACUGGAGGAGGAGGGAUGGUCUUUAGCAGAGAAGCCAUCAAGAGACUUCUUUCCAGCAAGUGCCGCUGCUACAGCAAUGAUGCUCCCGACGACAUGGUUCUGGGGAUGUGCUUCAGCGGGCUGGGAAUCCCAGCAACACAUAGCCCUCUCUUCCACCAGGCUCGGCCCGUGGAUUACCCUCGGGACUACCUUUCACACCAGGUGCCCAUAUCUUUCCACAAACACUGGAACAUCGAUCCAGUCAAGGUCUACUUCACGUGGCUGGCACCCAGCGAGGAAGAUGAAGCCAGACAGGAGACACCGAAAGCCUUGAAGGAAGAGUUAUAGGAGCAUGGGGAGCCCAGUGUAGGGGACAACCAGACACUGAGACUGUGACCCCACCCUGCCAUGCUGGGAAUUGACUGUGAGCCACGUGGGCAGAAGAGCAUCCCCGGCCAGAGAUGGAAAUGAUGUAUGUGCUAUUUUUCAGGAGGAAAAAGAAAAGAAGUCAUGGGGGAAACUUUUUUUUUCUGGGAAAAAAAUCACUUGCUUUUGUAUGAUGCGGUUAUUGUUAUACACCAUGUGAGUACUGUGUGCUUUUCAGGCUGUGAUCCAGCAGCCUGGUGACUGUCCCAGGAGAAUAAACAGAACCACAAGUCCCCUUCCCGCUGCCUCUCCUGAUGAUGAUAGGAGUUUCAGUGGGGGUGAGGUGGGGGUGCUGUGACUCCCGGUUGUCAGAGAGAGAAGCGGGAAAGUGGAGAUUUUUUUAUUGAUGAUGGCAAUUUCUGCUUGGAAUCUCAGAAGUAAUAAUGCUAUGUUGGGGAUCAUCUAUAAAAUAUAAAAGUCUAGACAUGAAAUCCCCUGAAGUCCAUCAUCAGGGUUGUUGUGCUUUAUCUAUUUUUCUGUUUGUAUCUCAUAAAACAAGAAUCAGAAGUGCUGGAGCUUUCUGUUUCUUUAGAGGAUCGUCUGUGUUCCAUGGCUCCCCAAAGCCCUGUUGUGAUGACCUGCUUGUAACAUUAAAGUGUGCGGGGCCUGCCAGGAAACUAUGUGCUCAGUAUUUAGAAACCAUGCUGAUGUGUUUUAUUCGAGUCAGUGACACGCUCCAUGUCAGUCUCAGGAAGUUAGUUAAAUUAUUUUGUACUUGACACUUGACUCUCAUUUUUU